CAGGCCAAUAGAUUGAAAAACUUUCAAUCUGACGUUCUUUCUUUGAGGUGUAAAUGGAUUCUCAGCAGUUGUGCGAUGUUGAAUGCUUUAUGAUCCUCGAGGAGAUUGUGGUGCAUUCGUAUAUUGUCCUUAUUUGCUUUUUUAUGGCUAUUUACAGCAUGUUAUUAAGAAACCAAUCUAGAAAUAGACGGGUCAUUCGAUAUUGUAUGAGUGCUAGAAUUCCUAAAAUCUUGUCUCAUCUAAAUGUUCUCAUUCGUGACAAUGAUAUUGUAUGUAUUGACAAGCUUAGGAUGGAUAGAAAUGCCUUUCACAUUUUGGCCUCCUUAGCCAAGAAUAUUGGAGGGUUGACUGAUAGUAAAAAUAUGUCGAGUACUGAAAAAUUAGCAAUGUUCUUAAAUAUUUUGGCUCAUCACGAAAAGAACAGGUCUGUCAAAGUUGAUUAUAUUAGAUCGGGGUGGAGUGUAAGUCGAGCCUUUAAUGAAUGUCUAAGAGCUAUUCUUAAACUAACUCCAUUGUUACUUGUUAAACCUAAUCCGGUGCUCGAAGAUGAUACUGAUGAUCGAUGGAAAUGGUUUAAGGGUUGUCUUGGUGCAUUGGAUGGUACUUACAUUUCCAUUAGAGUUGAAGCAAUAUAUAAGCCAAGAUACAGAACACGAAAAGGAGAUAUAGCAACUAAUGUCUUGGGGGUUUGUGAUAGAAAUCUCAACUUCAUUUAUGUAUUACCUGGUUGGGAGGGAUCAGCCGCUGAUGGUCGCGUAUUGCGAGAUGCUGUUGUACGAAGAAAUAGGUUGAAAGUACCUCAGGGCAAUUACUAUUUGUGCGAUGGAGGAUAUACAAAUGGAAAUGGUUUUUUGUCUCCCUACCGAGGAUAUAGAUAUUGGCUAAAGGAUUGGCAAGGUGACAAUCCGUCACUUCACUGUCGAGAAGAGCUCUUUAAUAUGAAGAAUGCUAGGGCGCGUAAUGUUAUUGAAAGAGCAUUUGGACUAUUAAAAGGACGUUGGGGAAUUCUUAGAAGUCCUUCGUGGUACUCGGUUAAGGUUCACAAUAGAAUUAUUAGUGCAUGUUGUUUGAUUCACAAUUUCAUUCGAAGAGAGAUGGAAGCUGACCCAUUAGAUGUGGAAAUGGAAUUCCACAUGGAAAAUCAACAUGAACAUGACAAUAUUAAUACAAUUGAAGCAUCUGAUGAGUGGACCACUUGGAGGGAUGAACUAGCUCAAUCUAUGUGGAAUGAAAGAUUGGGAAAUCAAUCUUUAUAAUUUUAAACUAUGUGAUCACUUUUGGUGUGCUUAUGCACUUUUGUUUUUGG